AUGUCGCUCAUCAGUCCUAUUAGCUUGAAAGGGCCGGCAGAGGUUGCCCAUGGAUGGAUGUUCAUCGGGUUCACGCUCAACAUGCUUCUGCUGGGUGUCAUGAUGACCCAAGUGUACCUGUAUUACGCCCAAUAUAAAGGCGACAAGGCAUGGAUCAAAAUAUUCGUCGCUGGGUUGUUUCUGGCCGACACCGUUAACACGAUAUUCAUGUUCGUGUAUUUAUAUCGUUGUUUUAUUACCUUCUUCGGUGAUAAUGAAGCUCUGUCGACGGCGGAUUGGUUAUUUGCAACCGAACCUUCAACGACGGCAAGUGGCUUAAUCGCCUGCGCCGUUCAACUAUUCUUCGCCUGGCGCGUGUACGUGUUAAGCAAGACCUGGAUUUACGCCGGGUGUAUCACUGCUCUAGCUAUCACUGGUGGAAUUGCCUCUAUUGUAACUGCUGUUGAAGUGGGCCGGACGCCCAGCUUUGUCGACUUCCAAAACUUCAAGGCAACGGUCAUCGUCUGGCUCGCUUCUGAAGCCAUCUGCGACGUCAUGAUUACCACCGUUCUCCGCAAACACAAGACGGGAUUCCAGCGUUCUGAUAUGGUCGUGGACCGCAUCAUCCGAAUCACUGUACAAACUGGUCUCAUCACGAUGAUCGUCGCUUCCCUUGACCUGCUUUUCUUCUUGAUCGAUCCGUCAGGGACCCACUUGCUUUUCAACUUCCCCCUCGCGAAGCUUUAUUCAAACUCCCUUAUGAGUAGCUUGAAUUCGCGUCGCGGCUGGAAGUACACUGGCAAUACCUCCGAGUCUCGGUCCGAGGGUCAGGUGAAUACCACCGGCGGCGUCAUUCAAAGGCGCGACCUCCAAAUAUCGAGCAAGAAGCCUAACGACAUGAUUGUUGUUGACGGUACUCGGACCCACCCAGAGGUCUUCGUGCACGUCGAGUCGCACGAAUUGCGCGACGUCCAGUCCAACGAUCGAUUCGAGGAUAAGAAGGCGUUCAACUCCGAGACGUCGGUUGACAAGUCCGUCGAAGAUAAGUGGGCGCCGGAUCAGAAGAGCCAGUGGGUGGCGUCGUGA